AUGAAAAACUGCUGUGCAUCGCGUACAUAUAAUAGGCGGAGACGUGAAGAUGUUGUUGCAAUCUGUGAUAUUGAAAUAAGGGGUAAUGUAACUGUCAGUACAUACGGAAGAGAUAGGGUGCACGCACGAGGAGAUUUUACGACAACGAGGUCGUCACACUCAUUACCAACGUCGUUUACGAGCAUUAUCAUGUUCUCGUCGUUUACAAAUUACGCGUUUGUGUCGCCUUUGAGCAAAAGUUGUUUUGCCUGUCUAGCCAUGGAUGACGACACAUUAGAUGGAGGUGGUGAAAAUACAUCAUUGUGGAUUUCUUCUGCUGUUCUCGACGCAACACUCCAACUUCGCGUUCCGAUGAGAAAUGUGAUCCAUUCUAGCAAGGUAAGCGUCCCCACUGCUAUUGGCGCAUUUCUACUUCCAAGUGUUCCAUUUCACAUUGAACGAAAUGUUUGUGGUGUUCUGAGAGCGAAGAAUCCAACUUCAAGCGGAUAUGCGAAAUCAGACCAUCGGGUUAGUAGCAGUGACGAUGCGGUAGCUUGCUCGCUCGUAAAUCUGCAGCUAAAAGUAAUGAGCAGCAGCCAUCUCGAAGAAGUAUCUCACAAAGGCACGUCAUUUGCCUCGAAUGUUGGUGGAAAGAGCACAACAUCAUCAUUGAUUUCAGAGGUGUUGUACGAAAGUAUACGCAGUGCUCUUCCGUUGACAGUAGCCAACUUAUCUACGCGUACGCGCUGCGUAGACCCAUAUACAAGAGUGAAUUACCCUCCAGAAAUUGCGGCGACGAAGCGUCGUGCAUGCACAGGGGUUCAUGCUACCAAUCGCAUAUCUGUCUGUGAUGGUAUCAGACUUCAUACUUCAUAUAAAUGUGAAUUUCACGAAGCUUUACGCGGUGUCAUAAGGUCUGCAGCUAAAGAGUUGAACCCAAUCAAAGUCAUCAUUGUCGAUUACGACGCAUAUGAAAGGGGCAGUGAAAAACACAUUAAUAACACUUAUUGUGACAGCACUUAUGCUGGCGCCUCUCUAACUCGGCGCCUGAUGAAAUCGAAUGUAAUAUCCGUAGCGUCUGCAUACAGAAGCAUAUUUGGUGGGAAAGAUCCGUGUACACAGGGCAUACGUUCUCUUCUGCAUAUCGGUGGUUCAAACCUACCUCUAAUCCACGCACAAUUGCACCAAGUUUUUUGUAGCUCAAAUUCUACUUCUACUGCUUUCAUCAUAGGGGGUCAAGGCGUUCUUGGCCAGCGUGUUGCAGCAUACGCACUCAAAACCGGCAUAAUAAAUGUAAUAUCGUCAAGCAGUUCAGGACGCGGGAAAAAUAAAACGUCUCCCAACCUUAUCUUGGCGAAUAUUUGCAUUCUUCGUUGUGACAUCGGAUCAAAAGAAGAGUCCCGAACAGCUACCAAUAUCAGCCUCGCACGCGAUCCAACUUGUGUGGUAUUCCAUUCUGGAGGAAAGUUAAGAGAUGCUGCGUUACAUAACCAGACUGCAAGUCUAAUGGCAGAGGUAAUGGCUCCUAAGGUGAGUGGAUUAAAAUGUGUCGAUAUGGACAUUGCCUUACGUCCAACCAAUGCUAUGUUGUUCUUCUCAUCCGUUGCAUCACUUCUUGGUUCUCCUGGUCAGGCAAACUACUGCGCCGCAAAUGCAUGGCUCGAUGUCCACGCCUUGAAUGCGACAAACGCUGGAAUUAAAUGUGUCAGUGUACAGUGGGGCGCGUGGGCAGGUGGAGGUAUGGCCACAGAGAAUCCCCGCGUGUUAAGUCGCUUGCAGAAUAUAGGAAUCGGAAUAUUGAGCCCUGAAGAUGGCAUCAAUGCACUGGACAUUAUUGUUCGAUCCGACAAUGUGCCACCAGUGAUAAUAGUGAAUAGAUUUGAUUGGUCGACGUUUAAGUCGCAUAUCAGUACCGAAGAAGCCCCAUUUUAUGACGAAUUUAUGUCAUGUGCGCUUGCUGAAUUGGCUACACCAGAAUUCGAUGACACCGGCGAGGAAAGUGAAUUGCAGACAAUAUUUUUAUCGCCCAAUCACGACCAACCAACUCUCGCGACAGCGUCAACGACGGCGUCUCUGAAAUCGGACAUUAUGUUGGCUGUGCAUUCCGUUAUUGGAAGGGGCAUAAGCGAGCACGAACCUCUGUUUGACGCAGGCAUAGACUCGUUGGGUGCUGUGGAGCUCCGAGAUGCACUCAUUGCUUUACCUGCGAUGUCAGAUUUUUUGUCGGGUGAUUCUUUACUAGAGGCAGUUCCCUCAACCAUUGUAUUUGACUUUCCAAAUGUUACAGCGCUAUCUGACCACUUAUUACGAUGUAUAGGCAGUAGUAUCGAGACAAGUGUUAAUACAGUCGGUUUAUCAUCGCACGUAAACGACCCAAUGGUAUCUCUUGGGGGUGUAGCAGCAAUGCUCCCAAACUCUACCGAAGAUCGUAAAAGAUCCGACACUGAUGCAUUAUCGCUAGUUCCUGGAGAGAGAUGGCAUGUAGACAGCAACAACGCGCCACAUAACGCGCGAUUUGGCGGUUUCAUGCUCGAAAUAGGAAGCUUCGAUAAUGAGGUGUUCAGCCUAAGCGCGGUUGAGACGAAAUUUAUCGACCCACAACAUUGUAAACUACUAGAGCUAG